GUCCGCUCUGCGCAAUCCAGUCCGGGACUUGGCUCCGCCCGGGAGCGUCGGCCUCUCGGUGACAGAGGAGUAGUGAGCUGCACGGGGUGAGGCUGCAGCCAACUCCGCUCCCCGCGCACUCAGCUGCCCAGGCGCUCGGGACGCAGCAGCGGCGCUUCUCAGCGGUGCUGACUGCCCGCGAUGCCGGCUUAGGAGCGUGCGGCAGCGGCCAGAAUCGCCACACCCGGGGCAUCGCGCUCCCGGCUGCAGAAAGGGGCCAGAGCUGUGCACCCUUGCCCCAGCCCCCAUCCCGCCCCCCGUCCUGAAAUGACUUGUUAAUCGGCGCAGACACCACCAAGGGGACUCACCGGAGUGGAAUCCAAGUGGAAUUUGGAUUUGGAGAAGAGUUUCUUGAACAUUUACCCUCGUCCUUGUUGGUUCUUCUUCUUUUCUUCUUUCUUUUCUUUCCUUUUAAUUUUUUUAAACAUUUGGCUUCUUUCCUGAUCUCCCCUUCCCCGCCUUUCAUUGGAGAUGAUCACAGCUCGCUUGUAUCCCAGAAAGUAGUCUCCACGACUGUUGCCCCAAAAGAGACAAGCACACAUGUAGGAAUGACAAAGGCUUGCGAACGAAAGAGCGCAGCUCGAGGCCCGGAGAGAUCUUCUCGAUAAUGGAUUACUAAAUGGGAUACAAUCUGUACCAGUCGGUUCCGAGCCCUGGUUGCCUGCUCGUCGAUGCACCGAAAAGGGUGAAGUAGAGAAAUAAAGUCUCCCCGCUGAACUACUAUGAGGUCAGAAGCCUUGCUGCUAUAUUUCACACUGCUACACUUUGCUGGGGCUGGUUUCCCAGAAGAUUCUGAGCCAAUCAGUAUUUCGCAUGGCAACUAUACAAAACAGUAUCCGGUGUUUGUGGGCCACAAGCCAGGACGGAACACCACACAGAGGCACAGACUGGACAUUCAGAUGAUUAUGAUCAUGAACAGAACCCUCUACCUUGCUGCUAGGGACCAUAUUUAUACUGUUGAUAUUGAUACAUCCCAUACAGAAGAAAUUUACUGUAGCAAAAAACUGACAUGGAAAUCUAGACAGGCUGAUGUAGACACAUGCAGAAUGAAGGGAAAACAUAAGGAUGAGUGUCACAAUUUUAUUAAAGUUCUUCUAAAGAAAAACGAAGAUACGUUGUUUGUCUGUGGAACCAACGCCUUCAACCCUUCCUGCAGGAACUAUAAGAUUGAUACUUUGGAACCUUUUGGGGAUGAAUUUAGUGGAAUGGCCAGAUGCCCUUAUGAUGCCAAACACGCCAACGUUGCACUGUUUGCAGAUGGAAAACUAUACUCAGCCACAGUGACUGACUUCCUGGCCAUCGAUGCGGUCAUUUACCGGAGUCUCGGAGACAGCCCUACCCUGAGGACCGUCAAGCAUGAUUCAAAAUGGUUGAAAGAACCAUACUUUGUCCAAGCAGUGGACUAUGGAGACUACAUCUACUUUUUCUUCAGGGAAAUUGCGGUGGAGUACAACACCAUGGGAAAGGUCGUUUUCCCCAGAGUGGCUCAGGUUUGUAAGAAUGACAUGGGAGGGUCUCAGAGAGUCCUGGAGAAACAGUGGACAUCUUUCCUGAAGGCUCGCCUGAACUGCUCAGUCCCUGGAGAUUCUCAUUUUUAUUUCAACAUACUCCAGGCGGUUACAGACGUGAUUCGUAUUAAUGGCCGUGAUGUUGUCCUGGCAACCUUUUCCACACCUUAUAACAGCAUCCCUGGGUCUGCAGUUUGUGCCUAUGACAUGCUUGACAUUGCCAAUGUGUUUACUGGGAGAUUCAAGGAACAGAAGUCUCCCGAUUCCACCUGGACACCAGUUCCUGAUGAACGAGUCCCUAAGCCUAGGCCAGGUUGCUGUGCUGGCUCAUCCUCCUUAGAGAAAUAUGCCACCUCCAAUGAAUUUCCUGAUGAUACCCUGAACUUCAUUAAGACUCACCCACUCAUGGAUGAGGCUGUGCCUUCCAUCAUCAACAGACCAUGGUUCCUGAGAACGAUGGUCAGAUACCGCCUGACCAAAAUUGCAGUAGACACUGCUGCUGGACCAUAUCAGAAUCACACUGUGGUUUUCCUGGGAUCAGAAAAAGGAAUCAUCUUGAAGUUCUUGGCCAGGAUAGGAAACAGUGGUUUCCUAAAUGACAGUCUUUUCCUGGAGGAGAUGAGCGUUUACAACCCAGAAAAAUGCAGCUAUGAUGGAGUCGAAGACAAAAGGAUCAUGGGCAUGCAGCUGGAUAGAGCCAGCAGCUCUCUGUAUGUCGCAUUCUCCACCUGUGUGAUCAAGGUUCCUCUUGGCCGCUGUGAACGACAUGGGAAGUGUAAAAAAACUUGUAUUGCCUCCAGAGACCCAUAUUGUGGGUGGGUAAAGGAAGGAGGUUCCUGUGUCCAUCUGUCACCCAACAGCAGACUGACUUUUGAGCAGGACAUAGAGCGUGGCAAUACAGAUGGCCUGGGAGACUGUCACAAUUCCUUCGUGGCACUGAAUGGGCACGCCAGUUCCCUCUUGCCCAGCACCACCACAUCAGAUGCGGCGGCUCGCGAGGGGUAUGAGUCUAGGGGAGGAAUGCUGGACUGGAAGGACCUGCUCGAUUCACCUGACAGCACAGAUCCUUUGGGGGCAGUGUCUUCCCAUAAUCACCAAGACAAGAAGGGAGUGAUUCGGGAAAGUUACCUCAAAGGCCAUGAUCAGCUCGUUCCUGUCACCCUCUUGGCCAUUGCAGUCAUUCUGGCUUUUGUCAUGGGGGCCGUCUUCUCCGGCAUCAUCGUGGUACUGUGUCUGUGAUCACCGCGCAAAGAUGUGGCCGUGGUGCAGCGCAAGGAGAAGGAGCUUGCCCACUCUCGCAGGGGAUCCAUGAGCAGUGUCACCAAGCUCAGUGGCCUCUUUGGAGACACCCAAUCCAAAGACCCCAAACCAGAGGCCAUCCUCACACCGCUCAUGCACAACGGCAAGCUUGCCACUCCCAGCAACACAGCCAAGAUGCUCAUUAAGGCUGACCAGCACCACUUGGACCUUACCGCCUUGCCCACCCCGGAGUCCACCCCAACACUGCAGCAGAAGCGGAAGCGCCGUGGCAGCCGGGAGUGGGAGAGGAACCAGAACCUCAUCAAUGCCUGCACAAAGGACAUGCCCCCCAUGGGCUCCCCUGUGAUUCCCACGGACCUGCCCCUCCGGGCCUCCCCUAGCCACAUCCCCAGUGUGGUGGUCCUACCCAUCACACAGCAGGGCUACCAGCAUGAGUACGUGGACCAGCCCAAAUUGAGCGAGGUGGCCCACAUGGCACUGGAGGACCAGGCCGCCACCCUGGAGUACAAGACCAUCAAAGAUCAUCUCAGCAGCAAGAGUCCCAACCACGGGAUGAGCCUCGUAGAGGACCCGGACAGCCUGCCCCCCAAGGUCCCACAGCGCGAGGCCUCCCUGGGCCCUCCGGGAGCCUCCCUGUCCCAGAACGGCCUGGGCAAGCGGCUGGAAAUGCACCACUCUUCUUCGUAUGGGGUUGACUAUAAGAGGAGCUACCCCACGAACUCGCUCACGAGAAGCCACCAGGCCACCACUCUCAAAAGAAACAAUACUAACUCCUCCAAUUCCUCUCACCUCUCCAGAAAUCAGAGCUUUGGCAGGGGAGACAACCCGCCACCCGCCCCGCAGAGGGUGGACUCUAUCCAGGUGCACAGCUCCCAGCCAUCGGGCCAGGCCGUGACUGUCUCGAGGCAGCCCAGCCUCAACACCUACAACUCACUGACGAGGUCGGGACUGAAGCGUACACCCUCGCUAAAGCCAGACGUACCUCCCAAACCCUCCUUUGCUCCCCUUUCCACAUCCAUGAAGCCCAAUGAUGCGUGUACAUAAUCCAGGGGGAGGGGGUCAGGAGUCAACCAGCAGGCAAGGCGAGUGCCCGCUCAGCUCAGCAAGGUUCUCAACUGCCUGGAGUAUCCACCAGACCAAGAUGGCCCACGGCAGAACUGAGGACGCUCGCUGGGUCCUCCUCUCUGGGGCGUAGGGGUACUCUCAAUCGGGCCACGUGGUUUGGUGAAGGUUCACAACAGUGGGACUCACCUCCAUUCUCUUCCUUCACCCUCCUGCACACCCUACAGCAGGUUGGACCCACAAAAGACUUCAGUUAUCAUCACAAACAUGAGCCAAAAGCACAUAUCCACUCACCCCCCCAUGCACACAUGCACAUGCACUCACAACACACACACAGACACACACACACAGGUGAACAGCAGCCGCAACAUUGUGUCCAUGACUGCACGGGGCGUUGCCAAAUCAGGCUAGCGUUCCAAACUGCAAAACACAAAUACAUUUCUAAAAAAUCAUGAAAAUUUUAAAAUAUAUAUAUAAAGAAUUCAUUGAUAAUUCUAACUCAGACUUUAACAAUGGCAGAAGUUUACUAUGCGCAGAUACUGUGAAAUGCCCACCAGUGUUACAGCUUUCUGUUAUAAGCAGAUAAAUGCCAUGUUGGGCAACUAUGUCAUAGAUUUCUGCUCCUCUCUUUUAAUGAAAUAACGUGACCGUUAACGCAAGUAACUCUUUAUUUAUUGUUCACUCUUUUUUUUUUUUUUUUCCUUAAGGAAAGGACUCUUCCAUAUAUCAUCCUAUGACAGCUCUUCUGAAGCCAUUGAAAGUUAAAACUAUUUAACGUGAAAUCCAUUAACUGGAAUAAUUGAGUUAUUUUUACAAUAAAUUCACUGAGUAAAUAAGUUGGAGCUGGAAUUCUGAGCUUUGUGUUUGGACUGUCUGGUCUGUAGCUAAAGGAAAGCAUUAAGAGGGGAAUAUUUAUUUAAGUCUACCAGUUAAUUUGCUGGUCAGGUCUCUGGCCUGUAACAUGCAAAAAAAAAAAAAAGAAAAAAAAAAUCCAUUAGUUUCAUAGUCCUUCCAGAUCCUAACUUCUGAAGCAACCAGGAGAGAAA